AUGGAGCAUGUGAAGAAGAAUCAGAAGUCGAGUUCUCACAACACGCAACUAGUUCGAGUAAUUAAUGCAAUUCACGGUCGGCCAGAACCUGCUGAGAUAUCAGAUGAACUGCUUCGAACACGCCUUCGUCAGGUACGAAUGAAGAGAAUGAUAGGUAGUGUAAACACUCUGCACCAGCAGAGCGCAUCAACGCAGAUAAAGUUUGACGCAACAGACUUGUUACGUGUUCAGAUCCCUCAUGAGGACCCGCUGGUCGUAAGUUUGACAGUGGCCAAAUGCUUGGUGCGCAGAGUUCUAAUUGACCCUGGAAGUAGUGCGAACAUCAUGCCAAGAGAUAUGUUCGAUCGGCUCGAGAUCAAACAGAAUCAGCUGAAAUCCACCGGGAAUCCGCUAGCGGUACACGCUGCCGAGAGGGUUUUGAUGGAAACCUUUGUAGUUGUUGAAAUUCAUCCCUCUUACAAUCUUCUGAUGGGCAGAGGGUGGAUCCACAGAGUUCAAGGUGUUCCUUCCACUCUGCAUCAGGGAAUGAGAUGCCUGGGACCGGACGGAACCAAAGUGAUUGACAUUCAUGGAGACCAAGUUGCAGCUAAAGAAUGUUACUCUGUAACGCUGAAACAUGCAGGAAAGGGGAAAGCUCUCAUUCGUUCAAUCGAUCAGUUCCGACCGGAACGGACAACCAGAGUAGGGGAACGACUCGUUGAGGAGGAAUAG